AUGCGCACUUGGCCCUGUUGUCGAGUUUGUUAUGACAAGCCGAGGCCUCGGACUAAAUUAGGAGCGAAGCCCCCCAGUUUCUGCCGAGGCGAUUUCACGAUGGAGGGCAUGGACCUGGACGUGGACCAGGAGCUCAUGCAAAAAUUCAGCUGUAUGGGCACAACGGACAAAGACAUCCUAAUAUCGGAGUUUCAGAGGCUGCUCGGCUUUCAGCUUAACCCCGCCGGAUGCGCCUUCUUCCUGGACAUGACCAAUUGGAAUUUACAGGCAGCCAUUGGAGCCUACUAUGACUUUGAGAGUCCUAACAUCAACGCACCGUGCAUGUCCUUCGUAAAGGAUGUGACGAUUGGCGAGGGCGAAUCUGUUCCACCUGACACCCCUUUCACAAAGACCUGGCGGAUACAGAACACAGGUCCAGAGUCGUGGCCUCCUGGGGUCUGCCUGAAGUACGUUGGAGGGGAUCAGUUUGGUCACGUGAACAUGGUGAUGGUGCGGUCUCUAGACCCUCAGGAAAUGGCUGACGUUAGUGUGCAGAUGCAGAGCCCUGUGUCUCCUGGCAUGUUCCAGGGCCAGUGGAGAAUGUGCACAGCUACUGGACUUUACUACGGAGAUAUAAUUUGGGUGAUCCUGAGCGUGGAGGUUGGAGGCCUCCUGGGCGUCACGCAGCAGCUCUCCUCCUUCCAAGCCGAGUUCAACACCCAGCCCCACCGCACCCUGGAGGGAGACUACAACCCCUUCGCCUCGCCAGAGAAAAGCAAGUGCCCCAAAAGCAACAACAACAGCCUCCACCAUGACAGCAGCGGCCACAUGGUCUCAGAGGAACAUUGGCAGGGAAACCCCAACCAGCUACAGCAAGAUCAGAAUGGACUUUCACAAAACUCUGUGGAUAUAGUAGCAAACCGUCUACAAAGCAAUCUAUCAGUAGUCUCUUAUAACCAGGGUAUACAGGAGCCCUUUCCCUUUGGGCACUCUUAAAUAUGGGACUUGUCACAGAGAAGCAGCACUAAACGGUACCUCUGGAGUCGGUCACACCAAUAAGUGAAGAGGCUUUAUCAGUAGCUGGUGGAGAGUCAGGAGAUUCAAAUCACUUUAUGCAAAGUCGCUCUCCACUUCAGCGACGCGCUGAGAAACCAGAGGCCAACGCUUCUGACGUGCAGCUCAACCAACAUCCCACACCCACUGUAUGCACGUGUGAAUGCUAAGUUAAAACAAAACAAAAAAAAGAGUGCUAUGAGUCUUCUGAGUGAUAACUUUUUCUUUUUUUUUUCCUAAUUUUUUUAGUUGUCAGAGUGCAAAUGAAAUGACAGGAGUGUGUAUUUGUGAAAUUCUGUGUAUAUGUGUGUGCAUUGUGCAACCUGAAAGAGAUACUUUGGAGGAAAAGCCAUUUAUUUUGCCAACUGAUUCUCCAGUUUCUGCUCUGACUGCCCAGAUUAUAUUGAUUGGAUUUCUGGGUCAGUUCCCUCUAACUAAAUCUGAUCAUACGGGCGUCUGAAAGAAGAAAAAAAACGUUCACAUUUUAUCUUAAUUUUUUGAAUAUGUGGUUUAUAAGACAAAGGGACACUUUCAACAAAUAUAUCUGAAGCUCAUUGAAAGGCCAAUCUGUUUUUUAAUGCAGCAUGACUUGUGCAUUAUGGGUAAUCAUUUCUAUGCUGUCAUAGUUCCUUCAAAUUCAGACGCAAUGCAGUUUUCCUCCACUGGAGGGAGUCAACCAUUACUCUUAACACUGAGAAUCAGAAAUCUCAUAUACAGUAUAGCUCCUGUAAUCUGGGAAAGUAUAGUCCACAUUAUUCUACAGGAACAUAUUUUUUAUAAAGCUAAGUUUUAUAACCAACAAUUAUUAUUAUAAUGCCUCAUGUUGUCAAACAGGACUUUUUUGGAUCUACUGAAAUGGAAAUGAACUGGAAUGAAGAGUUUGAUUUGGUUUAAAGAGUCAUGUGAGAGAGUGAGGGUUUCUUACCAUAACUAUAUUAAGUCAUUGCAGGCACCUGUCAUAUAUAUAUACAUCUAUGUAAUGUUAGAAGAAAAGUCAGUAAUAGCAAUAAUGCAGUAUUAAAGGUUAGAUUAUACAAAUGGGAUAUAUUUCUAAAAAUUAGAGUCAUAGCUCAUUUGAUCAAAUGACAGCUUGUUAAAAAAGGCUCUUAUGCCCCAUUAAGAGCUGUCACUGCUAUAACCAUCAAUUUAUUUUCUUUACUGCUUGUUCUGCUCAAGGUUGGGAGACAGGGUGCCACACACCCUGGCACAUAACAUAUAUAUAACCAUAAGCUUAUCAGUAAUGUCUUCUCAGUAAAAAUCCCCCCAGUGAUCGUCUGAAUUUAAGAUUUAGAUUAAUUUUACAUGCUUGCAUUAAAUUUAAAGAACCCAAGAUAACUGGGUUAAUUCACAUUAUGUUGUAAGACACUGAAAUGAAGUCAUGAACAAAGAUGAAAAGCUAUAUAAUAUUGAGAAAAAAGUUUAAACAAUGUUUUUUUUUCGCCCUGUUCUGAAUUGUAAUUUGAAAGCUGUUUUUAUCUCGUUGAAUUGAAUGUGUUUGAUGAAUGUAGAAGAGGAUCAUGUCUUAGGAAACAUAUGCAUUUACCCAAAGAUUCUACAUUGUGUAUCUGCAUUGAAUUUGCAUCUAUAUUAAUAUUAUUAUUCUGCAUUUUUCUGUCUCCUGUUAAAGUUAUGCUCUACGUUCAUGUCUACAAAUGUUCUCACUAAUUGAUGAGCCAAACACAAAAACACACAUUUGAGAAUUUGAUCCUGUUUGAUCAUUUAAAAUGCAAACCCAACCAAACCAGGUAAAAUUACAAAGAGGUGGCAGAAUCAUGAAUCCUUAAGAAAUAUCACUGCGUACUUGGACGUACUAACUAGCUGAUCUAUGCACUGAGCAAAGCAACAUCCAUGGUGAGGCCUGUCUGUACUUUUCCUCCUCCAGCAAGCACAGUUACGUCCUAAAGGGUUUAUCGACUCUGUGAUUUUUAUCUGUCAUUCACAGCCAGUGUGUUAGACCACCUUGACAGGUAAACACCUUUUACAUUAAAGCACUAACUGUAAGCCCCAGGGAUACUGACCUUUUCAACAUGACAAUACCAGCCAACACUACAACAUGCAGCGAGGAUCUCUGGAUCUCUUUUUCUGUUUCACACAAUGUUGUGCAUUUCUUGUCCAAAACGUUAAAGUCAAACGUCUCUCCCUGUCGUUAAAAAGGUACCGGCUGUCGAUGUCAGUUCAGCAAGCGCAAAGUGUGUUUAUCUCUAUGAAGUUUCCACUGGCCAGACAGCAGAAGGAAUCAGUUGGCAUUAGACUCAUACAACAGCACAUUGAUGAGAGUGAGGAAAUGCAUAAAGAUGAAAGCUUUUUUUCUUGUAUGUUUGACGAAUGUUUGUAUGAUUAAAUUAUCACAGAAA